AUGUCGGCUUCAACAUCGACUCAUCCGCCUCCGUCGCAAAUCCCCCUCCCGACCUCUGCAGCGCCAUCGAUAUUCGGACGCACUGCUACUCGUACACGUCGCACGAACCCUUUCGCUACUGGUAGUAGCGCUGGUGGGGGCACUGGGUUCACAAUCAAGCGGCGCUUCGACGAUACACGCUUGGAGUUUAAACCCGCCAAGUCCGUGCCUUCGUCCAGCGCUGCUGGGCAGGGAUCGAAAUCCAAGGGAGUCGUCGACGGGUCGACGAGGACCCCUCGUGCGCCACCGAAGGAUUUGACCUUGAAGAUUGACGGAGGCAGGCCUCCUGUUCCUUCGCUUCACAUCCAGGUGCCCAGUAGUUCGAGGGGCGUGGUGGCGGACGAUGAAGAGGUUGGCUCGCGUCUCCCUGUCAGCUCGGGCCUCAAGUCCUGCACGAACGAUGUUGCGGUGUCUGAACCUUUUACGUUGGACGGCCGUAAAAUGCGUCUUAUCGAUACACCUGGAUUCGACGAUUCGAAUAGGAGCGAUGCGGAAGUCCUUGGCACCAUCUCUGAUUUUUUGGCCAAGUUGUUUAUCAAAGGCCACAAGCUCCAAGGGGUGUUGUACUUCCACCGUAUCUCGGAUGUCCGCAUGGGGGCACUCUCCAAGCGCAACUUUACGAUGUUCCAGAAGCUAUGCGGGUCGCAUACCUACCCAAACGUCGUGCUUACCACCUCGAGGUGGAGCGAGGUGAAUGAACAUGUCGGAGCCGCGCGGUCAGCCGAGCUGGCUUCGAAGGGCGUGUUCUUCCGGCCCAUCCUAGACGCCGGUGCUGCCCUCAUGCGGUACACCCGCUCCCUCGAGUCAGCGCAGACGAUCCUCCGACAACUCCUCGCCAAACCCCCGAUUCCUUACCUGACGAUCCAGAGGGAGAUGGUGGUCCAGGGCAAGUCUAUGGCGGAGACGAACGCGGGUCUGGCUUUGCAGCAGGAGAAGCUGGCGUCCAUCCAGAGGUUCCAGGAGAAUUUGAAGGGUCUUACGAAGGAGAUUGAGAUUGUGAAGAAGGAGAAUGAUGUGGAGAUGCAGAGGGAGCUUGAGGCUGAUGUUGAGGAGUUGAAGGUCAAGAUGAGGAGUUUGGAGGAGGAGAGGGAAAAGCUGGUUUCGAGACAGAGUUCCUUUGCGCAUAUCAGUGUACCGGCGAGGGAGGUGGGAUUGGACGACGCGGAGGACGAUGCGUGGGUGAUGUUUCCCGAGGCGAAGGAGGUGCCUGAAGAAGGCGGCGGAGAGGAAGGAUUGUCGGGAUUUGGAUAUGGGCCUGCGAUCUCGAGUAGGAUGAUGUCGACGACGAAUGCGAAUCCCGCGUUGCAGGUUAGUACCCUCGCUGGGACUGCUGCUGCCGCUGCUGACUUGACCACCCAGCAAGUGCGGGCAGCAGGUACCGGUGCGGUCCCGACCUUCCCGAACUGCCUCGCUGACGAAUUCGAAACUCAACCCAGCCCUCAAAUAAUCGGUGGUCUUCCUUUUCGGCACUGGGAAGAAGUCAAGGAAGUGACGGCGGAAGUGGAGGUUCAGGGGAGGGAGGACGAAGGUGGUUCCUCCCGCAGCGAUUCCUUGGACGAGGGGUUUCGUGGAGACUCUGGCAUCGUAUCCCAGGAUGGUUCCAGAGCCAUGUCCCACAGAGUCCCGUCCGAGGACUCUGAGUCAAUCCCUAGCGGAUUCUUGCCUGGCGGAUUCGAUAUGACAGACGUGGAGGAGGAGUCAUCUAUGCAAGAUAAUGAUUCGUCCGCCAGGUCUGUUGGUGCGACGGGUGACGUGCGCACGACUAUGGAGGGAAGGAGACACGUACCGUGGGCUCCGGAACCUGCUACAAGCGGUGUAGGGGGGUCGAAUGAUCCGUCGCAUCAUUCUAAUAAUAAUCUCACUUGGGGAGAGUGGUUAUUUGGGUUUCCUCCCAGCGUAUAUAUGACUGUGUCGUAUCUAUUGGGUUAUUAG